AAAACGGGCACCGGCGAUUUGUUUUAGAGCUGCAGAUCGCGAACAUACCGACGAUCUCACCGAGGAUUUAUGAGGUUUCGGAGACCAUGGCCGCGAUGGCAACGCACUGGCAGGGGUGUCGCAGUGAUAAAUAGCUGGUUCUCGUCACGAACUUGGUGCUGAGACAGAAGGUGUCUGCACAUCGCGAAGUGUUUUCACCCCAAACCUACAUCACUUUUUGUCCAACGCAAUCACAAUGCAGCUCACUUCCGUCCUUACUACCAUUGGCCUCCUCGCUGCAGAGGUCGCCGCCCACGGCGCUGUCACUAGCUACGUCAUCGCCGGCAAGACGUACCAAGGUUACAACGGCUUCGCUCCGAGCUCGACCCCCGUGAUUCAGCGCCAGUGGCCCGACUACAACCCCACCCUGUCGGCCAGCGACUCCAAGAUCCGCUGCAACGGCGGCACCUCGGCCGCUCUGUCCGCUCAGGUCAAGCCCGGCGACUCGAUCCAGGCAAUCUGGCAGCAGUGGACGCACUCUCAGGGCCCUGUUAUGGUCUGGAUGUACCGCUGCAGCGGAGACUUCUCUAGCUGCGACGGCAGCGGCACCAACUGGUUCAAGAUCGAUCAGUCGGGCUUCUCGGGCGACGGCGUCAACGUUUUCCUCGACUCCGAGACACCGUCGGGCUGGGGCAUCGCCAAGCUCGUCGGCGGCAACAAGGGCUUCACCAGCACCAUCCCCAACCUCGCCCCGGGCAACUAUCUGAUCCGCCACGAGCUCAUUGCGCUGCACCAGGCCAACGCGCCUCAGUGGUAUGCUGAGUGUGCCCAGCUCCAGGUGACUGGCUCGGGCACAGCCUUGCCGAGCGGCUCGUACCUGACCUCGAUCCCGGGCUACGCCAAGCAGAGCGACUCGAACAUCAGCUUCAACAUCAACAACCACUCUCUUCCUCAGAAGUACACCAUGCCCGGCCCGCCCGUUUUCCGUGGUUAAGCAACAACUCUCUGGGUCUCGGAGUAAGAAACAACCAUGGUUGCUGCAGUCGAGUCGCAAGGCUCUUGUGGUACACGAUGUUUGGAGAUGGGGGGGUGGAGGCAGAGGCAGAGGCAUGUGGAAAGCCACGCGAUUUCAAGUCUUGACAGGACUAUUUUUAGCAUAUCCCCUUUGUAGCCGAAACGGAAACAUUCCACAAGAUUGGAGUACUAAUUCGUUGUCAGUACACGUGACUUCGGAACAUUAAUGUCAUUGAAGGCUUUGAGACCGCACUGUCUCUUCAUGUAGCUGCAGCCUUAUACGUAGCGUGCUCUGUGCUGGUGGCUACAUGGCGCCGAAAAUGUGCCGGCUACUGCUCAAGGCCUACUCCUCGGAGCUGAUAACAUCAAACACCAGGCCCUUCAUGCCC